AUGGCGGCGGAAAUUGACAAGCUGUGCGAAUUAUCAGAAUAUCUUAUUCAUUAUGUGUUCUCUUUUUUGAACACAACUGACGUAGUCAAAACCUGUAUUUUGUCCAAAAGAUGGACGUUCAUGUUGGCUUCUUGUCCGUUUCUUACUUUCACUUUCUGCCCAACUAAGUCGCGCACAAACGAAACCUCUUAUAUUAACUUUGUUCAACAGGUUAUUUUUCGAAGAGGUUGUGUCCCCAUUACUAAUUUUGUCUUUAAUUCAUAUGUUGACGCUGAAGUUGGUGUGAUUCAAUCAUGGGUUUGUUAUGCUAUUAAGCAUAAGGUUCAGCACCUCACAUUACAACUUAUUUGCCGUCAAAUGUCCUUUGAGCUCCCUGAUUCUUUCUACUAUCAAGGAGUUAAAAGGAUCAGUGUAAUGGCGGUGGAAAUUAACAAGCUCCGCGAAUUACCAGAAUAUCUUAUUCAUUAUGUGUUCUCUUUCUUGGACACAAUUAACGUAGUCAAAACCUGUAUAUUUGUCCAAAAGAUGGAUGCUCCUGUGGGCUUCUUAUCGGUUUCUUACUUUCACUUUCUGUCCAACUGA